AUGAGGCGCAAUGACCGUUCAAGAUCACCAGCGACGCGCCGAAAUGGUACCUUGCAGUCAUGUGAGCCCUGUCGCAGAUCGAAGCAGCGAUGUGACCAUGAUCGGCCAAUCUGUCGCAGAUGCGCCGCCAAACGAAUUAGUGACAAAUGCUUCUAUCAUCCGUCUCCUAUGACUAGAAGAAGGCCCUCGGAUUCAACUAAUACUGAAGUCAUCUCGAACCCGCUGGUGAGCCAGCCUACCUCAAAUACCUCAAGCCCCGGUUCAUUGGGCAAUGGGCGUCUGUUUGUGCCACUGGAGCCACCCUCAGCACUUCCUGGCUACCUAGGCCCGAUCAGCUAUUCGUCAGUCUUAGCUGAACAUCGCAAUGAGAUACCACCCGAACCCGAGGAGACUGAUUCGGCCGCGGGUCUAGUGGUGGAUCCCGAUCGUCUUCAAUCCGGGGUUGACGUACUGAAGUUUCUCUACCAUCUCACAAUGCGCCAGACCUUGAUUGAAAAGUUCUAUCACAAAACAUGGAACGCCAUAGUCCCAAAGAUAGUCAUGGACAAGAUCAUGCGCUCAGUGCAUACCAUCUUCAGCAGUCUUCCCGAUGAUCCCACAGCACAGCUGCAGGAACUGUCAAAUCAGGUAUUCCAAAAUACUUCCCGACCGAUGCAAACGCACAAGACAAUGACCAUAGAUGAAUACUGCGGUUCCUUUACUGGUCCCAAUCUGCGAUGGGAGGCCAUCGGGUCUAUCUUCUCCCUUUGUGGCAUGCAACUGAUGGUCACACUGGAUAAUGACCCCGACAUUGUCCAGACCUCUGACGAGCCAAGGUUAAAAGAUCGUCUGUUGCACCAGAUAACAGUGGUGAGCACAAUCUGCCUCGGGUUCUGUGAUCAGGCGUCUUCGGCAAAUGAACUGCUGGCAAUGUUGCAGUUCAACGACACAAUGCUACGGACGCAGCAAUACGGUGAUCAAAGUUACCAGGCGUGGCGUCGACUAAGUGAUCUGGUAGCCACGAUCUAUGCAGCUGGACUGCACUUGGAAAACGACGGUGCCGAGAAUCUUCCGUUCUUUCUUCGGCAAUGGCGCAGGCGAUGCUUUGUUGCGGCAUACUCUAUGGAUAAAAUGAUCGCAACCUUUUUUGGUCGACCGCCACUGAUGAAUGGGCGGUUCUGCACGCCUACUGCGCCAUUGGACUUGAGCGAUGAAGUCCUUGUUGCGGGUGGUGAUGUUCUCGGAAAGGCCAUCGCAGAGCUUGACAGUUCUGGUUGGAAUAGAGAGGGCAAGUUACACACGGUCACCCCCACACGGAUUCGCUAUUUUCUAGCGAUCAUUCGGGAGGAAACCCUCGAGGUAGUACUCGGAACCCACCAGCAGCCUGAUCUGAUCCAGAAGUCCAAUGACAUUCAAGCGAAAUCGCGCGCUUUGUGGGCUGCUUUCCCAGAAAACACCCGGUACGACCGAAUGACAAAUGACAGUGCUCGUCAUGGAGCGCUGGCCGUUACAUAUUUUUAUUUAGAUUAUCUCUACACUUGCUUUCUACUCUACCGGGCAGUUGUGAAGGGUACUGGUACCGGACAAGCAGACCUCUGUGACGUCUCUCGACGAAUGUUGUUCAUUGUCAUCCAGAUCAAUAUUCGGACUCCGAUGAUAGAUCUCGAUCGACACUUCUCUUGGAUUGUCCUCACAUUUGGGGUUCCAGCAGCGAGUGUUCUUCUUCUUGAACUUCUGCGUCAAUCUCACGAAUCUGGUCCACAUGCUGUUCCUCUGCCGCGGGCUGAACUGAUUCGUAACCUCAGUGUGUUUGUUACCUUCCUGUCAUGGGUUUCCGUCCCCGGUCACGGCAAUUACAAGACCUGCCAACAAGCUGAAAAGAAACUGGCUCACAUCCUCGACAAAAUCCUCGAUCCUCAACCUGUCCAGCAGCAUGUCGUCGAUGAUUGUACCUCGGGUCUCGACGACUUUCUGAACUGGUCUAAUUACAAUACAACCUGGGAUUUCACGACCGGGUACAUGCCCCUGAACGAGAGCUUUACAGCUUGA